AUGGAUAUGAAGAAGAUGAACGGGGAGGAGAAGGGAGAGGAGGAGACGGAGGAGAGGGAAAGGGACAAGGCCGCUGACAAUAGGUUAGACAAAAAUACGAACAAUGAGACGAGAAGGCAGACGAGCAGAGAAUGUAACGUUGAAGAUUGAGCAAACCGGGUAAGGUAGGAGGUAACUAACAAGUAGGAGUAGAAAACGGUAUUCCAGGUCGUAAUGCCCAUGAGUCCGCUAAAAAUUCCUCAACGCCUCAAGGGAUUCUUUUAUAUGCAUUCAUUGACUAAAGUUGUUAUGCCAGCGUUUACAUGUGAUAGUGCUAGCCCUUAGGACGUCUUAGUAAAACUUCCUUAUUCUAAGACGUCCAAAAAGUGUGAGUUUUGCCAUGGCCUCAGUAAAUACAAUGAUUUACACUUGCCAAAAUAUGUCAAGUUCUUAGUGCCCUGUGGUAGGGGAAACAGUUAGCUUAAUCCUUGCAAUGAAAACAAAAUGAAGCUUUUUCAAGCUCUGUAAUGUAUUGUUUUUCUGCCAUUGAUGUUCGGUUCCUAUUUGAAAGUGUGUCUGACAUGAUUCGUCGGCCGGUAAGUAUAGAGGCAAGUUUUGUCGCUGGUGCAGGUCUAUUUUCAACUUUUAACUCGCAGAUCUUCACCCAACUUUAACUUGGGAAAUACUUGGCUUUUGUCAUCCGAUAUUUGAUAGAACUCAAAAAGCCACAAUUUUAGUGUCCGCUUGUGUUAACCUUCACACAGGCCUCAGCUUACGUUUGCUGUCCUGCCACCCGUGUCUCGCAGUGGAAUCGCCUUUCAAGGUUAUGUCUUCGGUCUCACUACCCGAUAGCAGUGCACCUUGUCUCCGCAGUGCUCAGGGGUUUCUUCUUGGUCUUGUGAUGAGUCAUCACAUUGCGGGCGAGAAGAAACACUGAAGGUCUCGUAACUCAUCGUAAAUUAAGCGUAUGCACCUGCUGCUCAGUACACAAGGCUUCAUCAAAAGUGGAUUUCAUCCAAAUCUCAUACACAGUUAGUGUGUCUAACGCCCGAUUGGUCGACUAAGAAAGGCAACAUUCAUCAUGCCCGUCUCUUUAUAGAGACUGCAAAGGCUGAUUCUCCCAUUUCCACUACGAAAAUCAUGUAUGUUGUCCGUCACUCUGGCAUCCUGCUUGAUUCCUCUUAAGGGUUUCUUUGAAUAGUUAGCUUAAGUAAAUUUUUUCAGACGGACUCAACGUGUGAUGAGGACGUGUAAGGGAAAUGGGGCGAUUUCCCAACCAGUUAAAAUGAUAUGGUUUAGGAAUUUCGCUGAGCAUGGUAACCGUCUACCGAUCGCCAUGGUUUGCGGUGACGGCCGCGUGGGUACUUGUUCACGUGGUGUGCCAGACAGGCCCCGUUCGGGCCGAGGCCUGGAGCUUUAGGACGAACUCGAUCGACCGGCAUAUCGAUUGCAUGCGCAUAUCCACAGUCUUUCCACGAGCCACGACGCCUCAUACAUGUUGCAUUUUGCUGCAGUUUUUACCACGAACGAUAAACUUUCUUGCGAAUUGUAAUUCUCCUACAGUCGAUGUAGAGUUCCAACGUUCAAAAACACCUUCCUUUAAUUGGGGUUUUCUGUCCGUAUUUAUCAAAUAGGUAUAAACAGACAUUCGGUUCUUUUGCCUGUGACCAUAGGACGCUUAGUACUAGAAAAUAAACACGCACGCUUCUUUUUAAAGAACGGGGUGGUCCAGUUAACUUCUGUUAUUCUCUGCUUCUCAAGACUUGCCAUAUUAUAACCUGCAAUAUUGUCUUGCGGACAUCUUAUCUCACAUGUAGGGGGUUUUAACUGUGUGAAUCUACAUCCCCCUACACUUUUAGGUUUUGACGAUCUUGUUUUCAUCAAUACUCGCGCUGACGCCCCUCUUGAUCACAUUUUGAUCAACCACCUCGAGCCUUUUCUUGUUAAAACAGAGCUUCGUUGUCAACUUCUCUUAUUAGGCCCUUUAAAAAUCCACUCUGCUUUUAAGCGUGCGCUUGUUGUCAAACCUGAGGGGAAAAUUAAGGUUCGCGGCACGUCCCCACAAACAGUUACUUGCUUCAGACCUGUGUAUCUUACACUAUCCCUGCUCUCCAGACAACUGAAUGCGAAUCGUGUUCUAGCUAUCUUACAACAUCUUCAGAUGGAAUUUUUAAUAUUUACUGUCCUCUUGAUAUCGCAAUGGUAAGGCCUAGCAGGAUUUCUUCUCUCUGUCUAAAAUUUUUAGGACGUAAAAAGGAAUUCCUCUACGAACUAGGCCUGCGUGACCGUCUAAAAAACUUUACUAUCCUAAUAAAGAAGGAGAUUGGCAGACUGAGCAACCUGUUUGUUAGUCAGCCUUUUGCCUCUUCUUUUAGCCCUUCUUUACCUCUUUUCUCUGCUAAAAAUUGGAGGAAUGUUAAGCGUCCCACUGGCCAAAGUGGCAUACUGGCACAGGCGGAUGAUGAUUCAGACUCUUUAAAGGAAAAUUUCAUCUUCACGCAAACGACAUUUUCCUACUAUCAUGUGUCUUCUCGUCUAUGUCUAUGGUAACAGUGGAGAAAAGCCUUAAAAAGGUCCGUUGAUAAACAACUGCCCGGCCGGAUAAAGUCUCAACAUUUCUUCUUAAAUCUUAUUGUUCUUAACCCCUGUUUCGACGCACCCCAUUAGCAUGUACCUCAUGGAGUCCAAGAUUCCUGGCCCUUGGCGCACUGCAAUAAUCAUUCCUUUCCCCAAGAAAUCCACUAAUUUUAGUCCUAAAUGUUCCCAUUCAAUUUCCUGUCCUGCCACACUUCUAAAAGUUGCUGAUCGAGUUGUCUUAGCUAUUAUUAUGUUAUUCGCUUCCAAUUUUUCGAUUCUUUACAAUUUACAUAUAAGGUCAGGCGUAGUACUUUAUAUGCUGUUACUUAUGUGAUCCACUCUACUCCAAUAAACCCAGAUAAGGGUUUCCGUGCUUAGGCUUUUGCCUUACUGACUAUUUCUCUGGCUUCAAUACUGUCCUGCGACAUCUCUUUCCUAAUAAAGCAUCCGUGUGAGGCUCUCCUGGCCGAGCUACCUCCUGGCUUGAUGACUAUUUCACUUCCCGCAUUCAGUUUGCCCAACCUGUCAGGCGGAAAUCUAUUGUGCUUCCCAAUAUCUAUGAAGUCCUCCAGGGUUCCAUUCUAUCUCCUCGCAUCUUCUCCUUUCACAAUGAUGACCGGAGAUUGCUAAAUGACGGUCUAUGUGUCAGGCAUGCUGACGAUAUGCUUGUUAGUCACCCACCCAAAACUCACAUUCAUCUCUAAUUUUUGAAGAAUGGCUUGGAUCACGUCUCUGAAGGGUCGUUGGAAAGUAAUCUUAUCCCGCAUAAUUAGAAAUUAGUUUUAACCGAAGGCCUCUUGCAUUCCCAAAUCUUUGGACAUUCUUCCCAACAAAGGAUCGUCUUUCCGGUGUCUUGGUAUUACUCUGUUCUCCAAUCUCUCAUCCUUCCUUCAUACCGAAAUCCUUUUCACUAAAAUGUGUAGUCUCGUUUAUUACAUUCAUCGUUUACGUUCCUAUCACGGACCCCAAGCCCUAAUUUGAAUAUUUACAGGUGCCAGCAUUCUCCCUCUCAUUUUUAUUGUUCUCUGGUUAUUUUUACUGCUCUGCGUAAAAGUGUAUGCUGCUUUUAAAUCAAAUCCUCCAAAUGCUCCCUUCUGCGGCCGGUGUAUCUCAAGUCUUUUUAUUCGAUGUUAUAGUGCAGCGACAUUCCAAAACGAUCAACCAGUUUGUUAAUUAAAUUCCAGAUGAUCUUGUCCAUCCUCUUCAUUUUUUAAUUAAGUCCUGCAAAGUCCUUCUGCCCCAUGGGCCAUGGAUUCUGACAUAUCGACAUAUCGGCAUUUUCUAUUGGCAUUUCUGAUAUUCUAUCUUACGUGUAAGGAGGCAGAAAUACAGAAACUGAGACUCGAACUUCCACGUAAUUAAUGUCCACUUUUAUGUAAAUCCUUUUGACUUCUGUAUAAUUUAUUAAUUUGUUUUCUGUUCACGCUGGAUUGAGCCCUUUUUGAUGAAAAUUUAUAAUGAUACUUUCAAAAUAAAACGUAUUUUUCUCUCCUUGCUCCAAUAGGCCAAACUGUGGGCAAAAAGAUGGAGUUAUAUCGUAAUGCUAUCGAGCAAUGGGUGGAAGUUAUUGGUCUCUCAACUACUAGUUCCCAAGAAUAUUUGUCCUCUAGGUGGUAGCCAAUUUAUUAAAUAUCUCCGUAUUUAAAUUCCCCAUCGAUUUGGAAUUUUUACCAUGAAAUAUGAUGUGUCCAUUGCUUAGUCCAGUGCACCGGACUAUUUUUGAUUCCAUUUCCUUUUAAAUCCACGUAUGACUGCUGAUGUACGUGGGGUUUUAAGUUGUGAUGUGAGAAGUUAGGCAGUCGAGUUUGAUGCAAUUAUGAAUUAAAUUUGGCUAUAACAUAUAGCCGUUUCAUUUGGUUGCAUGUUAGCCGGUACUUGUUGACAGUCCUGAGAGUUUCUUGAUUCUUACCUAACGGCUCGCCAUCUGACCUCUGCGAUGUGUUCGGCAUUCCCAUCGGGUACAUCCAAUUUAACUCUAAUUAAGCAUACAAGUUCCUAGACACAGAACGAACGAGGACAUCUCAAAGCAUCUUCUACUUGAUUAGUAUUUAAAUUGACUUCUAAUGACUGAAAAAAGCAGCUGCUUGUCUCCUAAAGAACCCUUUGGUCUGCUCUAUUAAACCUAGGAUUAUUUCGGAACAACUCAUUCCGUCGGACUUAAAGCUUUGUGACCAACUGCCUACUAUGCAUUCUACCCCAUUCUAUGCCAUUCAGUAAAGUUUUUUCUCCGCUUACUAAACUCAAAUUAUCCCGACAACCUGAUAAAAGAGCAAUCCGCAAUAAUAUAACAAAUUUAAUGCCGGAAAACAACACCGUAUAAGCCGUUUGCUUUGUGAAUUAUCAGGUCGGGUCCGUCAUCUUAAGUUGAAAUUGUGAGCCCUCGUAGACCACAACUGGCAUUUUCUAAAGGAAAUUCAGCUCUGGAUGUAAUUAAUGUAUGCGCGCCCCAAAUGCCGGUGGUUCUGUUCAACUUCCACUUCCGAACACAAUGCAUCAUCUUAAGGUGUUAUUGGAAGCAGUCCAUUUCUAGCUAGGUUCUUCUCGACCUUCUUACCUAAACACCGAAGCACGGAAGAGAAAAUACGUGUCUAAAACGUUUGUUGGAUAUUCAGUUCUUCAGAAUAGGGGAAAAACGCGAGGAUAAAUAAUAAAUGUAAUGGGUAGUUCAAUAUGAAAUGUGUGCCAAAUAAUAUAUGCACACUUGCGAUACUUAGUUCUGACAUUGGAACAAAUACAAAAUUUUGUAGCCGCAGUGGUCAAGGUCACCUAUAGCAGAAAUAUUUGUCACCAACACCUUCACUUUUCUGAAGGGUUAAUAGAAUCGUGGUAUGCAUUUCAUACUGCCCCUGAGUGCAUAGCACUACAGGGAAUCUAAAUUUAUUUACGCCGGUCAUUCGGCUUUUGUUGUUUUUAAGGUAGUACUUCAUCCUUUAGAGAAGUCUAGGGGUAAACGUUCAGUUUUUUAGACCUGGUGGUCCUAAUGGAUACUCUGCGGCCUGUCUUUGUCCUUUCCAUCUGCAGUUUACUCUCUACCCUCGGCAGAACAAUGACGUGGUGCUGCAUUCACCCCAAAUGGAAUUCCUGCCCAAAAAACAUUUUUAAUGAACAGUGGCAUAUGGGCUUGCAACAUUUUACGCAAAUAGCCUGUGGCCGUCCUUUCAAUGUAAAACACUAUAUUGAACCUCUAGGCGACCAAUCACACCACACGCAAGAAGUACUCCCGACAAAGACAAGAGAGACUGAAGCGUCUAUUGGUUUAUUUGCCGUCAGUUGGUUAUCGAACAUUUUGAUCAAAAACAAGCCCUUGCAUCUCGCGUCCACGUCCUGUUAUGUUAGUUCGGAUAUAUUAACGACUCUUGCCUUUGCUUUGCGUGGAUUUUCAGCGGUUAAAAUGUCCGAAUUACAUAAACGGUAUUAUUGCUUUCUCAAAUCAAAUUCAUCGACAAGUACAUAGUCCGAAUAAUCAGUUUGUUUGAAUCUAUCCGUUGUCCGUAUAAAAACGCUAAUUUAGGGAUUGCAGCCUUUUUGGAGGGUAGGAUUUCUAAGCAUGCAUGUGUUCUUUGAACAGCGUAGCGACAACAAAUUUGGCAUAGUCCGUACAGAUGAGCCCUUCAGUAUUUUGUUCGGGUAUGUCAGAUCAUAUCCCGUUUGAUAGAAUUCGAUGAUGUUAUCAUUACCGCUGUCACUAUCAUCCAGAUGUGAAUCCUGUACACCAGAGCCUCGGCAUUUCCGCCUUGGGAAACCAUGUUCGCGAGUGAUAGCGACCGAAACCGAGGGCAAAUACCGUUAAGACUUUAUUGCCCAGGAGUUCGAAAAUUAUUUUUAUUCGUGAACACGCCAGUUGUUUCCACUGUUAUAUGGUCGUAGUGUGCGUAAAUUCUUAUAACUGCAAUGAUUUGUAGAAAAGAACGUAUACUAUAUUGGCGUCAUAUUCUCUAGGAAAUACUAAGAAUGGGCAAAAAUCAGCGAGAUCUGUGAAGACAAGGGCAAGGUUGAAGCGUAGUUCACAGUCCCGAAAAUGAACAAAAGUUAAUGAUUUCAAAGUGGACACAUUUCAAACUGCAUACCUUCAGGGUUAUCAGUCUGCUUAAAAAUGGUUUCCAGAAACAUUCAUAGAGAGCACCGUCGGUAGUCGAAAGCUAUGGUCGCAAAAGCGAUGUCCCUUUUCUGAAAAUAUGCCUGACUAUGCUUCCUAAAGCAGGUGGUAUUUGGUUUAUUCUGUCUCAAAAUAAACUCGGCAGGUGAAGAGUUAUGCUGUCAGGAAUUUGACUAACCCUGUGAUGAUGACUCCCAAAGGCUUUUAAAGGUGAUUACGGCACGCCCAGCUGCACUUUAGACCGAAAAGUAAACAAAAGUUUCCCUUUUUAUAGUUUUCAGAGCCAACGGUGCAAUGCAACCAUUUGAAAAUUGACAGGCGUCUCUGCGUCUUAUGACGUGUGAGCGUCCACCGAUAGAUGUCCACAGGAUAGGGAAUGGUGAUGUUUCCACUUGAAUACCUUCGCUAGUGGGACCAUUCGUAUAAAACACGUCCAUGACUCAGUGUCAUGCGACCCCAUCUCCAGCAAUAGACGGUGUCCUAUUAACGAAUUAUAAUUUGACGCCAACAGAUGUAUGUUUUUAUCAAAUUGUAUGCCAUCAUUGUAAUAGAAAAUGCUCUGGACCUUGUGAAACUUUUUAUCUGAAGAGCACAAAUUAUGCAAAUAAAUAAUCGGCCGAAAAAUCCAAAAAACGCUAUUUUUCAUUUGCUUAACUUUCGCAGCCAACGACAGCGUGCUUUUUAGGAUGUCUCUAUGACAUCCUGGGCAUAGAAGUUGCUUAAGAGUUGUAACUGAAUUACUCAUACUUAUCUCGCCCUUGUAAGUUAUUAUCACAAGCCUCUGUACACUUUCCACCUCCGGUGGAUGCCAGCAACACUGGCGCUGCUGUCGCCGACCUGUUAGUUUCACGCCGUCUACCUUGAUUUUCGCGCUUUCUAUUGGUUGGCAUUAUACGUUGGUUGAUGAGCUAUCUGAUUGGCUGUAAGGAAAAUAGUCAGUUUACCUCAUGUUCCAUUGGCUGCUGUGCUGAGCAGUCUUGCAUGCUCAUCAGCUAACCGCGAGACUCGUGUAUCCAUUAGCCUCAGGUAGGACCGGGUUUAGAGUGCUAGAGACGUUGCGGAAAUCCCUCACAACUGUCAAUUCCUCUGACCCUGACUCUGCUGGACUAUUUUACAUCGAACAUCACACGGAGAGAACUGAACCUGCGGAAUAUUCCCAUUACAGAAAGGUGGUAAGGACCGUCUCGCGAUACGUCGGCUCUUAACCCGUGUCAGGUAAUUUCUAAGGGCCGUUCACAUUAAGUUUUACCGAAUAUAUGCAUUUUACAUACUGUCUAAAUUAGCAAACCUUCCCGAAAGAUUGUUUUUAUAUGUGAAAUUGUGUAUUUUGCUAAAUUUACUCAGUCAUCAAAACGAAAUAUUUUUUGAUUUGGAAAUUGCUUUGUCAAGUUUUGGUAUUUUCUGUGGAGGAAUAAAAGCUCAGCAGUGACCGACAUUUCGAAUACUUCCUACAAGACUGCUCUUACGUUCACGCGAAAUUGUACUGGUCACUGACCAACCUGCUCUCCUUUUCUCUCAACAAAUUAGUUUUUUUCACUUGACGCUCAACACGUCUAAGUUAGUGUUGCUGACGUUUGUUCAAUGCAGGAAACAUUUGUUCUCCGGUUUUCGUCGCUUGGUGGUACGAUAAACAGAAAAGGCAUUCGGUUAGCCAACUGCCCAACAGGCAGCGCUUGUCCUCGCACACUAUUGUAACAUACCAGCACUCUCGCGCAGAAGAAAAUCCGAGAGGCAAAUGAUAUGGGUAGCUGACUAUUAUAAAAGUUAAAUAGUUGUUUGUGUGGCCACAACACAGUAGCACAGCCAGAAAAUAAGUUGUACACUGGCAGAGGGGCGGUAAGCAGCGCGCGGAAUAGAAGAUCACAAUCGUGCUUCUCCUCUCUCCGUUCCUCCCCGUUUUCUAAUUCCGUGUCUGUCUACUGGUUGAAUUUUCUUACGAAGCUAGUUUGAAGAAAAAGUUGUUGAAGACAAAUUAAAUUCCUUUUCCGGCGACUGAGUCCCCCUUUCACAAUAGGGACAUGUUGACCCGUUGUCCACAUUGCUGGUGGCUAGUGCUAUUUGCUUGAUGGUAGCCUUCUCGUUUCUGUGGGCAAGAUGUUCGAUCAGGCAAACCGAGACUGGGACGCAGUUUUAUAGUGAGAAAGGAUGAAAAAGUUGACUCCAGUGAUAUUACUGCCCACGCGUCGAGCCCUGUGGUUGAGCCCGGAGCAGACAACCGGACCAUCAGGACCCAGAUCCGACAGAAGCCUGUUGCUUGAAGAGUGUGGGGGAUUUUGACGAUGCGGCUGUCGCAUCUAGCGAGGCCAGUUUAGAGAACCCUCACAAAUGCAUGUUUAACGCAAGCUACCUUCGUGUCAUCGGAAUGUACCCCAAAUUCGCACGUCUCUGCUACUGACAUGCCUCUAUCUUGAGGCUGUUAAUCGAGCCCUGAACUCAGUAGAUACAGAUCAGUAGUAAGGUAGAAAGUUGAAAAAUGUUUUGACUCUGGCACUUCCAAAAAUACUCAUUUUUAACUCAUUACUAACAUCACCGUAUUGAUGACCGAGUUAGAAGUGUCACCUGCAAAGUCCAUUACCUACAGCUGGCCAUACGUUUGGAAAAGUUCCGAUUGGUUGUCAGCCUGUCCAUAAGAGAAAAGAGGCCUAUAAUGUAGGAAUUAAUGAAGCAUACAUUUUAAAUGAGUAUGAAUACGCUGACUUGCCGCAGAUUUCUACGAACCCAUUAAAGUCAGGCUAGCAUCAUAUGAAGCACCAUCUGCGAUGAAUGCGGGGCCGCUAAUUUUUUUGGCAUGUGGGCUAUCCGACACUUCAUCCUAUAAAUAUUGAAUCCGAAACAUCAGGUGAGUAAAAUUAUCAUUCCAGCGAUCGAGUCUCCUUCUCGUUUACAUGCUACAGCUUGCAUUUUUUAUUUCGCUGUAAAUGAACCUCCCCUUUGCAUCCCUUUGCAACCUGUAGGCCCCUGUUGACAAGCUACGAUGUUGCGUUUUUCCCGAUGAUUCUCCGAGUUUUCUCGAGUUUCUUUCGAAGUACACCCUGAAGAUAGAAGCACUGGACCGUUGAGGAUUCUCUGACAUGCGAAAUUUAGUUGUUGCUACCGAGUGCUUUCCUUGAGAUAGGUUUGCAGCAUCAGUUCGAAAAAUACUGACUUCUGAGAGCAAAUAUUACUGGAAGAAAAUGAUGAUGCCAGAAAAUGAUAUUUAUUAUAUGUAAGCAUUCCAUACAUCCUCAGGGGCUUUGACCUCCAUGCACAUAGUUUACUUAAUCGAUGUAACAAAACACUAGCAAAGCAGUGUAAAAUAGGACGCGAUCUGCGUAUUUUCAGGUAUAGAUGACAACCAGACUGAAGGACUGACAAAGUUUUUUAUUUAUGGCGGCAGACGUCGACUACUCCUUGAUGGAUUUGUGAGGAAAGAAGCUGGAUAUCAAUGUGUACAGGUCAGCUCAUCAGAUAGCACUGUGCCAAGAUUGGCACUCAAGAGAGGGGAUCAUAUAAGGCUGUAAUCUGCUUCAAUUUUUCUGGUCGUUAUGUUGCUAAAGAGGAGGUUGCUACGAGGAUGUACUUGCUGUCAGAUCACAAUAUAUUUCAACUGGUAUACUUAAGUGACUUAAGGCCAUCUCGAUACCUUAAGUGCGCUGUUUCGGUGCAAGCCUUUUUUAGUGUUGGUUUGCGCACACAAGAUGAAGAAGCCCCAAACCAUGUGGUCUUUGGAUUCAAAUUAGAUCGAUGUCCUUCGACAAACAGCACCCAUCACCUCGAACCCAUCAUCAGAGACAGUCUCAGAUAAGGGUCUUUGCUUACUUACUUUUACUUAUUCCCAACAGCAACCGCCACCUCGACAGCCAAAUGUCCGAUUUUCUACACUUUAUUUUACCUUUCACUUAACCUACCCUUGAGUCCGCGGCCGAUUAUCUAACGGCAAACAUAUCGGGGUCUUUUCCUAUUGAAAAAAUGCUUGCCGCUCGGGUGCUAGGCUCCUCGCUUUUUCCACGUGUGAGUAUCUAUUCCAGUCGACCAUCGCCAGGGCGGCGACUAAAAGUAGUUGAGCUGGGGGAAUGCGGUGUUUUUCCAGACGUGGUAUGAUGGCUUGUUGGUUGAUAGACGAAGUUUAAUCCUCUGACAGUGUUCGGCGGAAACGAUUCUAAAUCUUGCUUUGUCGUCUUCGGUCUGCGCGAGUCCCACUUUUGCCUUUAGUCCCUAAACUCUCCCGAGUAAAGUACACCUUGUCCUGAAAUUAUGACAAGGAGGCAGCAUUUUAAAUGUGAUGCUUUCCGGUUACCUCCUCUGUAAUGCAGCAGUUUUUCGACUUGGAAUUUUCGAAUAGCUUGUAGAAUACCUGAGCUACAGUCCCACUAAAAGGUGUGACAUUUUAAAGCGAUUGUUUUAGCUUUGUAAGCAGAUCACCAUAUGGAAUUAACUUCGUGUAUUUAGAUAAGCCUUUCUGCGUCUACACGUAGCGGCAGAAAAAAGAAUGAUCCGUUGGCACUUGGAUGAUGUUGGCACGUUUUGGUGGUAGACGUAUGGCGGUCUCCGCAUCAUAUGCCUAUGAAAUGCCAUUUACAAUUAAGGUAGCAACACUCCUUUAACCAAUUGCUGUCACCUCAGCGUAGCCGCUGUGACUCUCAGGCUUUCUCUCACCCCAACCCUGCCACCUCACCUGCGUUCUUCUGUUUACACAUAUCUGCAACCAAACUUUUUGCCGGCUGUUCGAAUAAACGGAGUCUUUUUGAAGAGAUACCCUGCUGAAUGGCCGACCCCUUGAAAUCAAAGUCAUCGAAUGGGAAUCUAAAGAUAAUUAAUAUGCUUAGUCGGGUAAUUUAGUUAUUCGCCGCGUCUGAGAUUAGACAAAAUAGGUGUACCGAAAAGCAGAAAGAGAAAGUACAGAUCCUUGUUCGGGGGGAGGGGGGACGGUAGAAUGUAGAAGAGGGUACGUAGGCUUGACCUCAGUGGCCCUCGGGUUAAUAGCCCAAGGUUUUUCGUUUCCCCUCAUGCGGCCAAAGGAUACAAAGGCCGAAAACCAUUAGUCCGCCUUCCUUCCCGUGGCCCAUCUUCAGCAAUCGUGGUUCGGAAGGCGAAAUAACGGACGCUUAAUGUACGCCAGACGAAAGAUAUUCGGUGGAGUCUGGUGACUGAUUCUGCGCAAAACCCGUUUGUAGGUGUAAGCGAAUGCAGUCCAAAAUUGGUCAAAUAUGGUAGCCUGAGUUUAAGGCGUACUAUUCAGAAAACGGCUCAGUCACUAAAUAUCAGUACGCUGACUCGCGGUUGAAAAGUUGGAAAUACCUGCAUUCUUCCUUGAGAGUGCUGGUCCACUAAAAGUUUGCUUCCCCUCAGGAUAUUAGCGCCAAAGUCUGCAUCACUAUUUUUCGAUUUGUAUGUGCUGCAUGUUCUCAGAGCCAAAAAGGUGACGCUAAUGCGCCGGUUGUCAGUCGGUAUUUACACUCUGUAUCGACUUCAUGUUUUAGUAGAGUCUAGUUCAAAAGGUAUUCGUCAUUAGCAUUUUUGUGCCUUGCCUCUGUCGGAGGCGAUAUUUAUGAGUCGACCAAUACGCCUAAGCUAAUUUCCAGUCCUCUUGACUGAGUCCGUCAAAGAGAACAAGUCUAAGAUGGAAGAACAUCGUGAGUUUAGUCGUACGUAAGUCUUUCUAUCUCUAAUUCACUCUAGACCAACCAUUGCCUCCCGCAUUGGGUGAUCUUCAUCAAGCACAUUGGAAGAACUACUGUAGCACUGUGUUGUUAUGACCUACAAAGAGUCUUUUCCCGCUACGAUACUGAAAGCUGCCGUGCUCGUAUGCGCUCAUCGGACGUGCUUGACCAGAUGGACUUGUCGAUUUCAGCCUCUAGACGCCCACUUUGGCGUUAUAGCUUGGAUGGAUGCAGUUUAGUUAAGAGCAAAGCAGACUAACGAUAGCCAGAAAUUUAAGUCGGUUAGGAAUUUCCGCUUCAUCACAUUUAAGCGUCUGCUGGACCAAUUCGUCUUCGCUUUCUACGUGCUGCUGAUCUCAUGAGUUGGUAGCAUGAACUUUUCCGCCGCCAUAGUUUGGAUAAAGUUGUUUUUCUGUUGUUGCAAAUGUUGACGGCUUCCUUUGAUCUAUUCCGCCCUUCUCCAUUCCUCUGUCUGCCGCCUAUUUUCUGGAAUGUAUCAUGCUACGUAACGAACACAGGUUAGAGGAGAGGACGAGAGCAUCAUAGUUGGAGAAAUCGGUCCCAAGGGAAACUUCGAGGCGAGUUCUGUGUUGGAAAGUGAGGCAAUUAGCUGCUCCUUCCCGACAUAGCGCAACCGAUGAAUAAUGCAUUGGCAUGAAUUCAGGUCGUCUUUUGUUGGCUCCUUUUCCUGUUUUUUGCGAGAAUCCCGAGAAUGCAAGCGGCUGUUGCCUUCGUUUAGAGGAUGUCAGACUUGUGUCGCACCCAAAGCCGCUGGUCAACGGGCCAGUUUUGAGUCUAAAUAAAUGGGUAAACUUUUCAGUGAUUUUAAAUUGGGGGCUUGAAGGACAGACAGUUUUGCCACUGGCCCACCGAUGAUUCACACUGCUCGACCAUCGUUGCCGACGAUAUCCACCGUCCACAUCAAAUGCACGCCUCCUGCAAACCUACGUCUCGUCGUUUUACAAAGGCUAGCUACCCUCAGGCCACGAUGUAAGGUUCCGUUUCGUUACCUUUCCAGAACCAGAAUCCUCAGAAUGCACACGACAGGCAGACUCGGUCAAACCGAUAACUAACCAGUGGUGUAAGGCGGAGGCUCCAUCUGUGUCUGCCCUUCAGUCAGAUUUUUUAGGAUAGAUUGUAUGCGUUGAACGGUAGAGUGAAAGCCCAAUUAUCGAAGACUUCUUUUAAAUGUCAGUUCUCUAAUAGUUCCCACGGGAAGCUCCCAAUGUCAUUUGCAACGUUUACAGCUUGGGAUUUUUGUACUCCUCCACAAAACUUUAAGCCGCGUGGCCUCCUUUAGAACUUUGAAAUCAUCUGCUUGCUCCUCGCAGCCACUCCUCGCGUACCCGGUUGGCUGGAAACAUUUGUGCGUACUAGGGAAAAGACAUGCUUAGUCAUACCUAUCUUGCAUUUCCGUCUUCAAAGCGUUGACACCACUGCUCACGGAGUCGCUACAAAUUCCUCAUGCCUAUGCCCCACCUCACUUUACCACCGUAUUUGAACAAUGGGCAGUCGCUCACCAUGUUCCACCUGUCCUUUUUCUAUUCUUUCUGUACGACUGUUCACAAUCAUACCGCCAGUGAAAGGCACCAACACCAACUCUAUCAAGUUUGAUCAUUCCGUGUGUUAUUCCACUUGUGCUUCCGGCUAAAGAACGAAAUGAAAUACAUCUGUUCUUCUUCCUUAUACUGCACCUGUUGACAGCACAUCAAAUGCCCGUGUGUUUCUGCAAGCAGGCUUUAAUAUACAACUGUAAAUUGUAGGGGAUGUGCAUGAUACAGUCUGCGGCACACGGAUCUAGGCUUGACAAUAUCAAGUAUCCCUGUUUCGUGUUAAUUAAAAGCUAAAAAGGAAUGCUCAUGGGCGGCCUUUACAGACAGGACAAAAACAUUUAGAAUAAGUCUUGGGCUGGCUAUGCAUUAUUUUUAGACACUAAAAGGCUAUCUCUAGCUUACUUUCUGACACGUUCAGCGUCGUAAAAUACAGCUGACAUGCUUACAUACCAAGUAGUCAUUUUAGUAGCGCGCCUGGUUUUUGCACAUGGGAGGGAAAAACCGGUAUCUUAGCAUAACUGAACCAUCUUUGGAUUUUGCUGCACGACAGUCAAUAUUACAGCUAUACCCAAUUAGCCCAUUCCAACUGAAAUCAUACUGCAGGAUCUCAGUUAACAUUCCAUGAGAUAGUUAACUAUUGUAGUCAGGAAUUAUACGGUGUUCCAGACAUUCUGCGAACCUUUCAUUUCUUGAUGAAAUAUCGGAGUUAUCUUAUUUAUUGCAGUAAGCGUUCUCCCUAUUUAGAACGUCUCUUUUUAUUUAAUCAACUAGGAAACAAGUCCGAUGCGGGUUCAUUUUUCACAAAAUUAUUUGAUACAAUUUGAUGUUGCAUGCUUUGCCACGCUGAUGGCACGGAUACUGGCUGUUAGCAUGGUGAAUCAUACAACGGGCUUACACUACCGUCUGCCCGCAUGUAGCUUGUGAACAUUACACGACUAUUCUGCUGAGGCUGAUUGGAUGUCGACUCAGAUACUCAUCAACUUUCGGACCGAGCCUGAGAAUUCUUUUUGAAAUGAAUUGUUCCAAGUGCGUGCGUUUAUUUCUGAGGAAAUUAGAAGAGUUCAACCGUCUGGUGUACCUGCCAUAGCUUAACGCGCCUUGGGAGUCUGUGGUAUAUACCAUAUAACUCCAUCGUGGUCUUUUAUAAAACUUUUAUGUGAAUUAUCACCGGCAAUUGUUAAGUUCAUCCUAAUCAAAGGUCCUUUAUUCUUCCGUAUACGCGUCCGGUUCUUAUAUGCCAGAUCGCAAGACAGAUAUCGGCUGCCAAAAUUUUUCGUAAGAGCGAAUUGUUGUUUGACAAAAUACUCACUUCCCGGAUGACAUUGCCCUGCAGAACAUGGUUUGUUCUCUCCCUAUUCACAGCAGUGAGACUUUGCGAUUGGCAGCUCCAGUUGGGUACUUUUUCCUAAUUUUCUGGCUUCUUUAUCUGAUGCUGAAACCUGUUCUUUUCGAAUAAGUCAUGCCUCGCGUGCCCAAUUAUAACUAUCAGGUAGGCAGGAUAUGGUCUUACCUCCGAUAUCCCGGCAUAGUCUUUAUCUAUCAAUCCUGAUUGAAAGAUGGAAAACGAAGCGAUUGAAUAUAGCCUUGGGGACUCUGGUCAUGCAGCCAAGGCAUACAGUAGCUUAGUGACUAGUAGUAGAUAACAGACUGGUGUUACCGGCAGAAACAACCAUCACUAAGCUGGCUUAUCUGUUGGUGUCGACCAGUGAUGCCUCAGCCCCAUGUGCUAGUGCACCCGAGGCUUGAUUCAUCGAGCACCGGGGGAGUCACUGAACAUUCCUGUCAAGCAUUCUUGCCACUUGACUUACCGAGUCAAUGAUUCAAUGAGUUCAGUAAUGGAGUGCCAAGUACCAAGAAAUUUGGGUAUCACUGGAUGUUGGUGGAAAAUAGGCUGAGAAAUAUCAUUGUAGUGUCCUCUUGUCCAGUGCCCCUUGUGUGUCUGCAAUACUGUCCGAUAGGUGACUUAAAACGAUGGGUUCCCUCAUAACUGUCAUUGUUUAGUCUUCAAAGCACCCAUCUUAUUCGAAAAUGCAAAUAAAUUUGGGACUGACACUGCAUAUCAGUAGCACGAAUCCACUAACACCUCUUUCGCGGAAUUUCUAUCUGAAUGUCAUGCUGCAGCAAUUUCUAGACUGGAGCAUCUACCAGAAAGCACACGGGUAAUAUCGGUGGACCUACUGAUGAGCCGAACCCCUCGCAGCUGUACUAUGCAGCGGCAGAAAAUUGGUUAGAUACGUGUCUGGGCUUUUAAACGCGUUAUCUUUUGCGAGGCCGUCCGAUUUCACCCAAUCUGUCAAGUCCGUUAAUCCCUCCAAGUAAAUGCGGGAAAGGAUAUGAUUCAUCCAUCGUACCUUAUGGGUCUUUUCAUAAUAUCCUAAGCAAUGUACAAUUUUUUGUUGGGUUCUCUCAUAAAAUCCAAAAUUCGGGACUGGUUCGUCCUUGGCUUUUGCGUGAGAUUAAAUUGCUGUCCAAACUGCGUUUUCUUUCACCUUUGUUCUUUUGAUCCCCCCUGCAGCUGAAGCCAGAGCAUGAAACUGACUUAUUUCAGCUUUCAGUAUUUUGAGAACCCCGGCCUUGUAGGUCAGCGUCGUUAUAACCUUAACGCUUGAUACUUCGUCUGUUCUCCGCCAGAUUUACAUGGUCAAUUAUUCAUGCCGGUCGUAGGUGAUUCGCAGACAAAUGAAGUUGACAAAAGAUAUCUAGAAAACAAUCAAGAUCCAGACACGUGAGAAUGCUCGUACUCGUAUGUACACAUCCCAACUAACCUACAAAUUAGUGAUCACUCCCACCUGAAGAGGAGCUUGCAGCCUCACGGAUGACAGCCCGCGUGACGAGAUUCCUCGGACUUGGCAUAACUAUUCAGUCUCCCCCUCUGUGCGCGCCAUCCUCUGCGUCAACCAGCAGCCAGCCCUUCUCUUGCUUAUUCCUCUGCACACAACCUUGCCAGCUUUAGUGGGUGGCCUGGUGAUAACCACUGAGAUUCCGCCAUUAGGACUGAGACCAUGGUUGACGGUACGGUCCCAAGCGGCAGCCGUGGGGCCUGUGGUGUGUCUCUAUUGUUGCCACGACGCCAAUCGUAGUCUUGGGGUAGACCGGAGUAUAAUACACAUCUCGACGCUGGUCUAGUGGCAGCGCUGUCCUGCCAGGAGUCAUUCAUGCCGUGUACAGACGAUCGUCGGUUAGUGCCGUCACAGCGCAGGGUACGUGGACGAGCAUGCACGUUAGAGUCCUUGUUCUGACAGCCCCUCCCCCCGCGGAGAAACGAAGCUGGCACCUACGGGCGACCAAAGCGAGCUCCAACACGUUGCUGCUGCCUCUGCCGCCACGGCCGCGAACUAGUCGGUAGGCCCGGUAAUGCUGCUUUUGCUACUAAUACCUUUGAGCAGAUAGCUUGACGGAAGUCAGGGUUACUUUCCACAGAUAAGCAAUUGGAUGAGGUGGCAGCAGUGUUGACGAUGGGGUAUAACCGCCUUUCAGACUUGGCUGUGUGGAUGACAAAGAGUCUGUCCUAAAGUAAUCCUCCAGUUUUAAAGCUCUUCCGUUCACUUUCUGAAGGGAUCAGUCCUGUUUGGUGUAGCAUCCUGGUGUAAGGCCCUUGGAGGGAAUCUACGAGCUCUUUAUCUGCGAAUGCUAGAUUCCCUCUGUCUCGCUCUCUCUCUCUCUCACUCACUAAAUAUGUCUAAUCUACGCUGGUAGUUCUCCGGUAACUGGUUCUCUGGCGGUAGAUGCGCUUGCGCUCCCGUUGGGUAUACAGGUCUUUAGCACAGUUGCCUAGCCAUCCACAUCUUUUCUGUUGUUGUUAGUCAAAAUCCUGGUCAAGUGCUUGUUGUGGACCAUGGGGUGUAGAAUGGAGUGCCAAGAUGCGAGUUUGGCUGCGCCAUCAACCCGCGCACCCCCUCGCCUCCGGUCUUCCUGACCUGUCUUGACAUCGGGCCCAGGUGGGGAGGAGGGAAGGCGGUAGGUUCUGCGCAAGUCUAUUCUUACUAUAAACUAAUUCACGCGCGAGUCACCGUGCCUGCUUCACCUUGUUGUGGAGCAAACGGUGGACAUCGUCGGAUGCGACGGUCGAGCUGUCAUGUCUAAUCUACACGGUCAACUUUGUAUAAUGCUUGAACAACAAGUGAGAGCCAUCCGUAAUGUGAGGUCACUUUCUUCUGAACCUAAUUUGGGUAGUCGUUAAAGCAUGUGGAAUACAAGAAGAUUCAUCCGAUCGCCCCUAAAAUACAUUAAAAUGGUUUACGGAAAAUGUGUCUCCUUCCGCGGUGGGGAAUGCCAGUCAAACCGGAAGAUGUUCAUUUAGUAUCUGGUUGAAGACGAACGAUCACUAUCAGAGAUUUCGGACUACUGUAUAUUCACCUGAACUCAAGUUCCCACUUGAAAAUGCCGCUUUCGUGGUCUUACAUCGGUCUGAAUCCUCAGUUUGCCGCCCCCGCAGGCUGGCACACAGCUACACGCACUCAAAACAUAAACGUAAUGGUGACAAAGACGAGGGUGACUAAUGCGACCAUUUGCCGUUGCCAGUCGGCCAACCGUUAGCCUCGCAACAAACCGGUCGUUCGGACCAGAUUCCUUCGGUCAUUAAGCCUUUAGCAAUCAAAUCAGAGCCGGAAAUUUCGCGUAAAUUUAGAUAUUUUUGGUUGAUAUCGAAGGUCACAGCAGUCUCCUUUAACCCUGAUGGAAUUGAUUUAACGGCUUCUUUAUUAAUAGGUGUUUUAACAGUUUUUGCAUAAUUCAGUUGACCCAACUACGAAAAACUCGGCGACCUCAAAUGUGGUUAAACUCACAACUCCUGGUGGGCCUCUUAGCUCAAGUGGCUAGAACGUUAGCUGUACUCAAGCCUUCACUUUACUGUCGUGAGUUCGAAUACCACCGAAGUCACCAAGUUUUUCAUAGUUGGGUCAAAGUGACUUUUUUACUACUACUUGAGCCGUCACAGCAUGUUAUGUAUCAUCUUUGGUACAGCUGUUUUGCAGAGGUAUCCAGGUUCCUUACAAAAGUUUGCCGUCUGUGCAGUCGCAACUGGUCUGGGCAGACUGGUGAUUCGAAUUUUGAUCUGAACAUUCUCAUAUCUUUUUGAUGAAUACUUUCAGUCACGUUGCGGAACGGCGUAAUUGCUUCUUAAGCAUCCUCAAUAGUAUUAAGUUCGACGAAAAUGGUGUAAAUGUGUCAUUUGGAACCAUUGUAUAUCUCAUCCAUAUUUAUCUAGGAAUGGCCCUCAGGACUGGUUCCAGUACUGAGCAUGUUGAAUAGUUAGUAGUAUCUCAAUUAUCUACCUCUUAUCAGCACCUCUUUGGCUUCUUUGAAAUCUAGCUGCGGGUUUCUGUUCACCCUUUUAUUGUUGUCCAACGGAAGGACUUGUUCUGUUGAAACUAUAUUUUCACUUCCCUAGCUACACAGUCAGCCUUGUGUUUUAAGUUAGAUAGUGCACCGGAACCAUUGAGAAACCGCAAAAACGACAGCUUUACAACAUAAAAUGAGAAACGUCAGAAAUAAUUUCCUGCUCUUUCAUAUGCAUUCGGCAUUUUCCGUUUGCUUGGGCUCAAAGAUCAAAACGGGUUUUGGAUCUUCCCCAGUCGAUCGUUCUCCCCGUCUUUUUCCACCUGUACGCAUGCCCUUUGACCAACCGGUGCUUUUCAUAGUGUUCCGCUAAGGCCGAUCCUGUGUGCAAACCAGCAAACGCCCUCUUUGAUCUCGUUCAUUCGAGAUUGACCCCUACAAACUAGUGAAACAUCCGCUCCACACAUCUGAUCACCACCAGUCAGUGCUUUGAGAAUUCCAGGGAGUUUCAAAGCAGAUUUUGUGUAAUAGCUACAUUAAAUCAGCGGAUCGGCAGGGGGCUAAAGGGGAGUGAGUGCUGAAACCAUUUUGUCGAACCCCACGGGAGCCUUUUGGUUGGACAUUGCUGAAAUGCUUUCUUUACUUUGGGCCAGGUAGGCUGACGUAUUCAAGGAACUAGACUACGUAGGCAACUCCUUGCACAUUGACUUGUCGUACCAAGGCACUUUACGAAGACUAUUUAUUGCUUACUUUCUAACCAAUUUGGCUUUUAUCGAAUGAAUUGAAAAACAAAUCUAAUGAAUAUCCGGCCUAUAGGUAUGCGCAAAUUCCCUAAUCACAUAGAGCACGAAGAAGAGGGCGCUAAGGUAUGCCUACAAACUUGCUUUUUGAAGUAAUUCUACCGUCCGCAAGCAAUGUCAUAGAAGGCUGGGAAGUAAAGGGCUUUCUGCCCAGUUUUCAGUUGCAUGGCAUUGUCCAUCGUUUUUAUGGUAACAUUGACAGUAAGCCCGUUCCUCUGACUGGACAAACUAACUCCACCACAACCUCAUCCGUGAAACCAGCUGGCGUGCUUAUGCGGGCGUCCGUAGACCUAGUACAGCUAUACAUUUGAGCUUUGUUAGGGCUGUCGUUUACAGUUGUAUACAAAUGCACCACCCAUCAGUGCCAAAUAUAGGUGGUGACGAGAAACUUGAAAUGUUUGGUUCCACAUCAAUAAUAAUUUCGUACCAACGCCUGUACGUUUAGCCGCCUGUGUCGGGCAGGCCUUUGGGUGAAAUUGCUUCCGGGUCGCUAAAUCGGAUUCUGGCGUCUAAUUUUUUUAAAUAGCCGGCAGCCAAACCAAAACUAUGAGGCAACCAAUGGUCGGAGACGUUUUUAGCCUACUUGACAGACCUUGCUCCGUGGUUACGUCCGUUUGCUGUUUACCCAUAUCUCCAAACCUGACCAUUGCCCAAAUCCUUGCCGCCAUGCUAACUCUAGCUCCGUUUACGCUGUCGAGUUACCGGUGGGCCUUCCCUCGAAGCAUGCUCCAGGACGUUCCAGCCAUCUGACUGCCCGAUUUACCACGUACGAACCUGCCUGCGGCUCGCGAUGCAAUCUGUGCCAGUAAAGACAGCACAAGUGGUGUUCCAGUGAGCGAGUGUAACCGUCUUCCUCUUGAUGUCCGCAAACGGAUGCGCAUGUCUCAUUGACUCACCCGUGCCAUCAUUUGGGGUGCCGCUGUGGCCCUGCGGCAUGUGCAUGUAACAAAUGAAUUUGCAAUUGUACACAGAACGAGGACCGAGCGGAGAAAGGAGGCAUGCCAUCCGCUCCCCCCUCCCCACUCCAGCCCAAGCACGUAGUCAGUUAACCCGGAUAGGAGAGACUUCGUUAGCUGCGCAAACAUACGGAUCAACUACGCACACGCGCGCAUGGGUUAUGUCAGAUUGGAGGCGAGAGGUCUCGUGACAUUUAGAAUCGCUUACAUCGGGGCGGAUGUGCGGUUUAGGGAAAGUAGGCUUAAGCGCUCUGAAUGAUUUGUGGCCCCCUCAAUUCCACCUUGAAUACUGGUGGUACGAGUUUUAUAAAUUACUUGGGAUUCCAGCUCAUGAGUUUCAUUUUGCCCAAAAACAAAUUUAUUGGUUACCAACAGAGCCAAAUUCGGGAAGACGAAGCCACCUACUUUCUUACUAGCGAAUUUGGCUAGAUCGCAGUUGGUAGCCAGGCCCCGUAUUGCAGGUGGCUUGAGGGUUUGUCUACUGGGCUAUUUUGUGGGGCUCCAUAAUUACAUCUGACCCAUUUAGCUUCCGUUUUACGUUUGAGAUUAUGAUUAGGGUGCCGGUUAAUGGUUUCCGAUUUUCGGGUUAGGGAUAUGCCUUUAGGCUUAGGUUUUAGGGUUACGGUUAGGGUUUGAGCGUACGAUUGGGUUUCAGCAUUGCGGUUAGGUUUUUCUGUUACGGCUAUGUCUAAGGGCUACAUUUAAGUUUAUGAUUUCGGCUAGGGUUGGGUUUAGGGUUGCCGUUAGGGUUAACGGUUAACGUUUAAGGUUGAGGUUAGAGUUAGGGUUAAGGUUAGGAUGAAAGGUUAAGGUCGUCGUCCGCUUCCCCAUUCCUGGCUACCAACUGCGAUCUAGCCGCGAAUUUAAUUCUUCAACUCCUGAUCUGUAAGGCCACGGCAGGAUAAUUUGUUAGUUCGCUUCUCUCCUGUUGUUGUCAUUUUCUCACUUGAAUUCUGUGAACUCUAGAGAACUGACAUUCGGUUGAGUAUUGUAAUAGUUACUUGAAUUGUUUUAACCAGUGAACCUUCUGUGCUGAAUGCUGCAGCGACUAGGCAGUGAAUGUGUACUCAGAGGCCUACAAUCAACAGGUCAAGCCCCGAUUAGCAGGGGAGGAACUUAUUGUGAACAGAACUCUGAGUUGCUGUCUCAAGCAACAGUGGCCACUGGCAGAGCCAGGGUCCACUCAUACCCGGGAGAGAAGGAGACAAAUGGUGGCAACUGCUUUAAUGGGCUUGUGGGCCAAGUUUAAGUGUUGUCCAGUAGGGGUUUGUUGCAUAGCUGAGAGGUGGGCCGUCUAAGUGGCGCAACUGUCUGGAGGCACGUGCCCGAGUGGAAGUCCGUCGAGUGGCCGCAGGUCAGCGAUUCUCGAACCACUCGCUGUGGCGGUGAGUGAACUUGAGGCUGCAGGGCUUUGAACGAGGGCUCCAGGCAUUGUAUUGACGGCUGUCUGAAGCAGUCCAUAUGCUGGGCAAACUCGUUCCUGACCACGUUAGUCCUCUAAAUGGGUUUGAACUAGCACUUAUCACAAAUAUAAGAAGGCUGACAUAUGGCCAGGGAUAUAAUUUACCGAUUCACCAUUAUACUAUGUCUUGCUGGUGACGACUGGAUAUGUAAGCCCAUGUUUUCAUCUCUGCAACAUAGCUACUUGAUUGAUUUUUGUAGGCAUUUUAUGCUAGGGUUACGUCUCUGGCUACGUUCAAGUAAGGGAUUAAAAUUAGGGUUAAUGUUAAGGUUAGAGUUGGGUUAAGUUCGUCUGCAGCAUACCAACUUACCUGAUCCGGCGUUUUUCGGCCAACCAUUUUAGAUUAUUAUUUUGCGCGGUCUGCUCCGCCACCUCGCCGGAGUAAUAAAGCUAACAACAAAAAUAUGGCAGAAAUGCGAAUUUUCUCAAUGUCUUCCGUCCAGUUGGUUAAUUGUCGUGUUUAUCCGCCCUACUGAUAAGACUAAUAUAAUAAUCCUUCCCAAAUUACUGGAGUUCCCGGGCUCUACGUUCUCAGUGGACCGAUAUAUCCGAUCCUCGCCUAGCUACUGAAAAACCAGUCCCUCUGAGAGAAGGGGAAAUGAUGAUGAUAGUAGUAGUAGUAGUAGUAGUAGUAGUAGUAGUAGUAGUAGUAGUGGCGCUGCUGAUGAUAGCGCCGACGAUGGUGGCGGUGGUGCCGAUGAUAAAAUAAGGUAACAAAGAAGAUGACGACGAGGAAGAAGAAGAAAAGAAAAAUGAACAAGGGAUUUCAACCUCAAGGGAAGAAAUGAUGGUCAUCUGGCACUUCGUACUCUUGGUCGACACCGCCAUCAGACAACAAAACCGUUUUCUAAUAUCAAGUUGAGCCGGUACAGUCGGACAUAAGCUUUUAGAUUCCUCUAUGUUUUUGGAACGGACGCAUGUGGCAGGCUCCGUUCCAAGUGCGCUUAACUGCAGUCGAAUCCUUGGUUCAGUGGCCAUCUCUCAUAGGGUGCUGAGUCAGUUAGCCCAUUUCCGAACGGAGGCCCCUUAAGUGGCCUUUUUGAAUAGUCAUAAGAGAAAUUUCCUCUGAUUGAUGUAAAUAAGUCAGAGUCUGGUUCUUCAAAUCUGGACCUAAAAUGCAGCGCUCAGAACAGAUUUGGGGGUCACCCUCCUAUCAGUUGUACUUUCUUUAACGCAAACCUUCCACGGGUUGGCUCCGAUUUGAUUGAUUCCACAACUGUUUCUGCCUCGGAUAAACCACCUUAGUAGUUUUCAUCUGAACAGGCCAGUUCUGGUUCUUCAGUGCAUAUGUGCGGCAAAUGCUUGAUGUAACGUCAAAAGCCACAUAUUUCUGCGUCCUUUGAAAUGGAAGGAAAAAAGAGAGGGUUUCAAUCUCAAGGGAAGAAACUAUGAUCAUCUGGCACUUCGUACCCCUUGUCGAUGCCGCCAUCAUGUGGAAAAGUGUUGAGACUUCUAUGUACAGCAGUUUAACCAACAGGGAGGUGUAGCCAUUCAACAUUUAAUCUGAUUGUAAAUUUCUCGGUUCAGCACCAUUAAAGGGAGGUCUUAUCGUUGGAAUAAACUUCGCUUCGGAGCCCCCAUUAUCCAAAACCUGAAUUUGGCUUAUUAAAUUUUUUUGGGGUCUUGUCUGAGAGAUUAUUUGAGUGACUUACAGUUCGAUAUUCAGACUAGUGAGAUUCACAUACUCACAUUUUAUACAAGCACACAAAUUCUCAUGCGUGAAUGUAAGUUGCAACUCUUCCGGUGUUUUGACCAGACAAAGCAGGCGCAGAAAUCCCUGGCAUUGGAGAUAAACAUCUUGGUGUGUCUCGUCAAAAGCAUGUAGUUUGGCCUUAACCUAAUUGACUACACGGAACAAAGCCGAGCAAUUGGUACAGCUCUUAGUCCCUGACACUAGUCAUUAAUCGCAAGAACUAUCCAAGUGCGCUAUUUGGACGGAUUUAGGCCUCUUCUGCAAAGCUAUUCAAUCUAUGUGUACUGAUAUGCUUUUGUCGGAGAUAGAGGAAGUAAGGUGAGCUUCCAAGGCAGCUCUGGCUUCCUAAGGUAAUAAACUCAGCUUCGAAAUUUGCCAAACUCACGUACAUUGGACAUCAGAUGCAGAUGACCCACAGUCGCUGGGAGACCAAGAGAUGGAAACUGUCACGUCUGCUCGCGAACACAACCUACGAAAACAUUUGAAGUCUGCGUUCGCCAGGCGCGCUCGUUUAUAAUGACGCUGCUGCUGCUGCCGCUGAUGAUGAUGAUGGUGGUGGUGAUGAUGAUGAUGAUGAUGAUGAUGAUGAUGAUGAUGAUGAUGAUGAUGAUGAUGAUGAGGAUGAUAGUCACAUGGAGCGUUGCUUGAUGUCCUGUUAUUCUACACUUUUCAGCCUUAAUAUUAUCACUGAGAGAAGAAUGCUCAAAGACAUGCGGGUUGGCGUGUUCAAAACUCUCUACUGCAUACUAAUAUAG